ACUCCGUCAUCGACACUAUGCCUUCCUUGGUGCAGCGCGCGGCCUCUCUGGCCACCGAACAGCUCCAUACUUUGGAGCGCAGGCAAGAUUAUUGCAGAGACAGACUUGGAAGGGUGUAUGAAUGCUCCAGGUGGUCCCGAGGCGCUAGAAUCGGUACCGGUAUCGGAAUCGCGGUCUUCAUCAUCAUCUUGAUCCUUCUGUGCAGCGUGGCCGGCAGGAGAAAGCGGCAACAAGGCUAUUUCAUCCGACCCUCGAACAACAUGCAGCAGCAGCCCACAUUGAAUUACAAUCAGCAACAGGGUGGUGGCAAUCCGUACGCAGCAGGCGGCUACAACUCCAACUACGCACCUCAAGGUCAGGGAGCAGGGCAAGGAUACAAUGCUUAUGGAGCAGGCUACGGUCAAGAAAACCAGAACCAAUACGGAUAUCAGAACUCGGGCUACCCACCUGCUGGCGGCGCUUACCAGCCACCCACUAGCCCACCCGAAGGUGGCUACAAAGCCCCAGAAGGACCGCCUCCGGGCGACAAUGGAGGAUCUUUCGCCCCUCCACCCGGACCACCCCCUCCCUCUUACCAGCCAGCAAGCAAGGCUUAGGUGCUGAGGUGAUGUGCGACUCAGGAACGUCCAGACAGGCUGCGUUGUGCGGAUAGUUGGCAGGCGAUCGCAGAUCAACCAUGAAGGCGUCCCACAACAGCGCCAGCAGCUUCAUUCGAGACCUGUACAUACCCUUCACGAAUCAUGCAUUCGCGACGAUGCAAGUAUGAAAUCUCAUUCGCUAGGA